UUCAAGACCAUGGAAUAUAUAAUCUUUAUUCUUUUCUUGAUGCAAAGACUGUUUGCUUGAUUUACUCAAUCUCGCAGGUGUAUUCUUCUUCUAGCUUUCUACUGAAUUGAUCGAUUGCUUAUUGUUUAUAGAGGAAAUUAAUUAAAAUGGCUAUGAGAGAUUAUGCAACUGGAAAAACGGCUAUGAGAGACUUGAUCUGUACUACUCUGGGACGACGAGGAGGACGAGGUGUUCAAAAGAAAUAUGAGAAGCUUCAGGAUAUUGUAAACGAGAGCAGAGUGAUACUUAUGGAUCUACAAUGGCGGUAUAUGCUGGAUGAAAAUGAUGAUGAAGUAAGGGAGUGGUUUGACAAGAUUAAAGCAUUACAUUAUGAAGCAGAUGAUGUGUUAGACGAGUUGUCAUAUGAAGCCAUGAGAAUUAUUCAAAUGGAGGAGAAAGAGGAGAUCCAAAAGUACUAUUGCAUGAGCAUGACCACCACCACCACCAGAAAGGUUCGACUUCGAUGAAUAUAUAAGAGGUCUUCAUAAUGUAAGAUAGCCAUUUCAUGAGAAUCAACAUUUACACAUCUACGGUUAUGUAGAGAUAGAGAGGCCAUUGAUGCCACUCUUAUUCUAGAAUUGGGAGACUUUGAUCCAUGAUUUCUAAUUCCAAUUCUGAAGCUUCUGACCCCCAUAAAUGCUUCCAUAGUCGACAUCAGUGAUGCAACAGGAUUUAUCAUCACCCCUGCUACUAGUCUCUACCCAUAUUGAUUUAGAGAAGCAAUGCAGAAUGUCUUCUCCUUUGCAACUGCCGAGACAUGUUGAGACACGAACACCUCUUCUGAGCAAGUUUCAGGGCUCUCCCUCAUACUGGUGAAGGCCAAUGAGAUUUUUGCUCCCAUUAGUUUUGGGCCUUUAAUGUUUAUGUCGAAUGUGCAGUUUUUACUUCUUUUGAAGAAACUCUAUAUUUAUUGUGUUAUUAUCUGUUGAUUUCAAGCACUUAAUUGUCUAUGCUAUAAAUUUGUGGCAUCCUCUUUCACUUUUUAUUA